CUGUUUGGCUAAAGGUCUAAAACCCUUCUGUCUUCGAGUGGCUCUUCAACAGACCACCAUGUAAUUGACACAUGCAGUGAGGAUGUCACUCUGCCCACCAGGAGUAUGUCAGUUGUGAGCAACAACAGUUUGAAGAGAGCCUCUCCUCUCCACGGCAGUGGAUUGAGUGAAAGUUGCAAACCUCUUGUGGCUCUAAAAGACGUAACAGUGGCAGUCAGCCAAGAAGGCUUUAGCAAAACUGCAAAGAAGACGCUCAGCUUGAUCCUAAAUGUGAUCAAGUGUAGAGUGGCCAACUCUGAGAGUUCAUCUGUUGGGCAGAUUGCAAGUGAGGAGUGUCUGAUAGCCACUAACAUGUUAGACUCUGUACUGGAGAGCCUUGACCAGUUGCCUGACAUGAGCGCUGCCGAUGAGAUCACAAGGACAGAAUCCCAUACCUCUAUCGCAAUGGAUGAGACAGGUUCACGGUCAACGCUUGUGAGCCAACAAGAAAUAAACAUAUCUGACACCAAUAUCAUAGUGAAAACUAUAAUGGACACAAUGAAGACGGACGACCCAGAGAUGACUUCAGCAGAAGAAAAUCUGGAUAGGCUCCUGUCAGUUGAAGCCCUUCAAGGUGCGUCUGGCAACCUGAUCACAAAGGUCCAUGGUCUCAUUCAGGAGAUAACCAUAAACCGCCAGCUUCAAUCCAUGGUUGGCCACAGAAGCCUCUCUCAACCAGCGCUGCCUAAACCAGCCCUGAGGAAGCUGUCAAAGGACGAUGCCUCAGAGCUCAUUUACAACUUUGCCCAGACUUCUGUUAGGAGACUCCUGGGGCAGUGUAUGGGAAGGCCUAUGCCACCAUCGGCUGAAAUGGUUUUGGAUCAGGUCAUCAAGUUGAUGACAGACGUGGUGAUGGACAGCCUGACUUAUGUGUCCAAGUCUACAAUGGAGGAUGUUAUUGUACACAGGUCGGUCACACUAGCGAGCUCUUCUCACUCAGACACCAGCAAUGCCACAAGUGACAUCACUCAUGGUGUUGUAGCUGACCUUAAUGCUACUGAGGAAUUCCCUGCCAGGAGCCUUAGCCCGGCUGAUGUAAAGGCUGACGGCAUGGCCCGCCUUCCCUCUGCCAGAGGGGAAGAGACUAAGAAGAACAGGAAGUGGCGUUUCCUACCGAAAAUGCAUACGUUUCCAAAGAUCAUGAUUAAGCUGUUCAAGACAAAAGGGGAACCGAAGAGACACCCUGAACAGGAUGCACUGCCUACCAAACGUCUCAGAGAGACUCAUAUUUCACAGGAUGCUGAGUGUGAGGUUCCAGAGGUUCCAUCCACUCCCCCUCCCAAGGAGGACCUGACAACCACACCGGCCCCUGCUCCCCAGGAGUCCCAGUCCCGUAAACGCCCACUCAUAGUCAGGGUGUUACACGCUCUCUCCAGAGCCAUCUCCAAACCAUUCAGAGGAGCUUCUGGGAAGAAGAAUUAGCCAAAUGCCUGAUUUUAUUAAUAUGAUAUUUUAAUCAGAGCCUUUAUUUAAUAAAACAUUACUGCAUUGA